AUGGCGCUAGAGCAGCGCCGCAGCAGGAACGCUUGCGUGCUUGUACGGGAAAUGUCGACAUCCUUUCCCGAAACAGGUGUCAUGCCUCACAUGGAAGCUUUGCGUCAGAACCGUCUACACGGUAGUUGGAUCAAUGUACAUACCCCUUCCUGCAGCACGCUAAUUAUGGCGCUACUCCUCAACCUCGUGCGGGAAAAGACGCUCCAACUCAUUUUUGCCUUCAGCCGCCGCAUUCCUUGGGGCAAAAGGAGCAAUCAACCUCCGCAGGCGUUACUGACCCAACGUGCAGAUAGGACCGCGACGCCCGAAACAAACGCCUCUGGUAUGGAAGGGGGUCCCUGCAGGGCACGGACCCAUCGGCGGGCAGGCAUAACAUGUGUGGCACUUUUCCAAGUGGCACAAGAACGAGAAAAGGAACACAGAAAAGCCAAAAAUAAAUAA